AUGGAGGCGCCGCCGGGACCGGAGCCCAUGGAGCUCGACGCGCCCCCUCCCGCCGCCGCCGAAGCCGCGGCGGCGGUUCCCCCCGCCGGCAGCGACAAGAAGAAGGAAGGGGAAGGGGGAGACGCUGUUACGGGUCAUAUCAUCUCCACCACCAUCGGUGGGAAGAACGGCGAACCGAAGCGGACCAUCAGUUACAUGGCAGAGCGUGUCGUGGGUACAGGCUCAUUUGGGAUCGUCUUCCAGGCCAAGUGUUUGGAGACCGGAGAGACCUUCGCCAUCAAGAAGGUGCUGCAAGAUCGGCGAUACAAGAACCGGGAGCUGCAACUUAUGCGUGCCAUGGAGCACCCCAACGUUAUCUGCCUGAAGCACUGCUUCUUCUCGACAACGAGCAGGGAUGAAUUGUUUUUAAAUCUGGUCAUGGAAUUUGUCCCUGAGACUCUAUACCGUGUCCUGAAGCACUACAGCAAUGCGAACCAGAGGAUGCCUCUUAUCUACGUCAAGCUGUACAUGUACCAGCUUUUUAGAGGCCUAGCUUAUAUUCAUAAUGUACCAGGAGUCUGCCAUAGGGACGUAAAGCCACAAAAUGUUUUGGUUGAUCCUCUCACCCACCAGGUCAAGCUCUGUGACUUUGGUAGCGCAAAAGUCCUGGUUCCUGGUGAACCGAACAUAUCUUACAUAUGCUCUCGUUAUUAUCGUGCCCCUGAGCUCAUAUUUGGCGCGACGGAGUAUACAACUUCAAUAGACAUAUGGUCAGCUGGUUGUGUUCUAGCUGAGUUGCUUCUUGGUCAGCCACUGUUUCCGGGAGAGAGCGCUGUUGAUCAGUUGGUAGAGAUUAUCAAGGUUCUUGGUACUCCAACCCGCGAGGAGAUACGAUGCAUGAAUCCCAACUAUACUGAGUUCAGGUUUCCUCAGAUAAAGGCUCAUCCGUGGCACAAGAUUUUCCACAAGAGAAUGCCUCCUGAAGCUAUAGACCUUGCUUCCCGUCUCCUUCAGUAUUCACCAAGUCUUCGCUGCUCAGCUCUUGAUGCAUGUGCUCAUCCCUUCUUUGAUGAGCUGCGGGCGCCGAAUGCGCGCCUACCAAAUGGCCGUCCAUUCCCUCUGCUCUUUAACUUCAAACAUGAACUAGCAAAUGCCUCUCCGGACCUCAUCAACAGGCUUGUACCGGAGCACAUUAGACGGCAGAACGGUGUCAACUUCGGGCAUAUCAGGAGCUAG